AUGAGCUAUUCAUUGCUCCAUGCUUCAAGAAAAACAUUUAGCAAUGUCAAGGUCAGCAUCUCCAAGCAGUGGACCCCGAGUGCCUGGAACACAUCUGCGGAGCUGCCAGCGGAGAUCUGGAGCAGCAACCGGUUGUUUCCCAGUACCGAAGAAGCCACACUUUUUCUUGGAACACUGGAUACCAUUUUCCUGUUCUCAUAUGCUGUGGGCCUGUUCAUCAGUGGCAUCGUUGGGGACCGGCUGAACUUGCGAUGGGUGCUAUCUUUUGGCAUGUGUUCAUCUGCGUUAGUGGUGUUUGUCUUCGGCACACUCACAGAAUGGCUGCACUUCUACAACAAGUGGUUCUACUGCGGCUUGUGGAUCGUGAAUGGCCUGCUGCAGUCCACUGGCUGGCCCUGCGUGGUGGCCGUGAUGGGCAACUGGUUUGGCAAAACUGGCCGGGGCGUGGUCUUCGGUCUCUGGAGUGCCUGUGCCUCGGUGGGUAACAUCUUGGGCGCCUGCCUUGCUUCGUCUGUCCUGCCGUAUGGCUAUGAGUACGCCUUUCUGGUGACAGCGUCUGUGCAGUUUGCUGGUGGGAUCGUCAUCUUCUUUGGACUCCUGGUGUCACCAGAGGAAAUCGGCCUCCCAGGUAUUGAAAGUGAAAACCUUGAAGAAGACUCACAUAGACCAUUAAUUAAUGCUGAAAAUGAAGAUGAAUAUGAGCCCAGUUAUUCCACCCAGGAGGCCAGUGCUGUCCCCGAAGUGAAGGCAAUCGGCUUCGGCCAGGCCUGCUGCCUGCCCGGAGUUAUCCCGUACUCCCUGGCCUAUGCCUGCCUGAAGCUGGUCAAUUACUCCUUCUUCUUCUGGCUGCCCUUCUAUCUGAGUAACAACUUCGGCUGGAAGGAGGCCGAAGCCGACAAGUUGUCCAUCUGGUAUGAUGUUGGCGGAAUCAUAGGUGGGACAUUGCAAGGCUUCAUCUCAGACGUCCUGCAGAAGAGAGCGCCGGUGCUGGCCCUCAGCCUGCUCCUGGCGGUCGGCUCCCUCGUGGAAUACAGCCGGUCUCCUAACAACAAAUCCAUCAAUGCACUCCUGAUGACGGUGACAGGAUUUUUUAUUGGUGGUCCUUCUAACAUGAUCAGCUCAGCUAUUUCUGCGGACCUGGGUCGCCAGGAGCUGAUCCAGGGUAGCAGUGAAGCCUUGGCGACCGUCACGGGCAUCGUCGAUGGGACUGGAAGCAUCGGUGCAGCGGUGGGCCAGUAUUUGGUGUCUUUGAUCCAGGACAACCUCGGCUGGAUGUGGGUUUUCUACUUUUUCAUUCUCAUGACGAGCUGUACGAUUGUAUUCAUCUCCCCACUGAUUGUGAGGGAGGUAGCUUCUCUGGUGCAGCGGAGACAAGCUCAUGUGUUGAGUGAGUGACUAUGCUCCCGAGGAGCAAAGGACAGUGGGGAUACGUGAGGACUGUGAGGUCUUGGCUGUCCCCACGCCAGCCUAACCUGAGCUUGGGAGGCCUCACUGCUGCUGGCCACCAGACCCCUGGCAGCAGGGAGGCUGAGCUGUUUUUCUACACUACAGAAUUAUUGUGAUGACUUCUAUUGUUUUUUUUCUCGAAUGGACUGACGGGUGCUCGAAACUGCUGGCAUCCUCACUUGCCCUGUUGAGGUUUGUCCCUUCAAGCUUAAUUGUCCCAGCCUGGGAUGCCUGUUCGCCAGACCCAAGACUUGAAGGGACAGAAGUCAGAGCCGUGCUGUCACAUUUGCUCAGGUAAUGUGUUUGCAGAGAGUAGCUCACCUUUGAAGCAUGGAUCGUGAUGCACACAGGGCUCCGCUGACAGAGCCACAGCCUGCCUGUGACAAAGAACACCUUACCAGCAAGGUGGAGAAGACCGGCUACCUGCAUUCCUCGUCUCCAAGGCAACCACUCUAGAAGCAGACACAGCUCCAAGUUAUUGUCACUUGUUUUCCUCAACUCUACUCACAGACAGCUGUGGCUCCUGAGUGAUGUCUUCUUUUGUUAGGUCCAUGUUAUGAUCAUUCCAAUAUGCGGCCCCUGACCCCUGGGCACUGUGGGGUCCUCAGACAGCCAAUCCACACGGGUCCCUGUUCUGGGAGGAUGAUCCGUGUCAUGGGCAGGUUCCUGGGGUCACUUCUGUGGAAGACUGAAUUAGAGAAAAGAGAGAGACCUGUUGUCCCUGAGGUAUGAAGCAUGUGACAGAUCACAUCAACGGGUUUCCAGUGCCAGAGAGGGAACACUUGUUUCAAAGUUGUCGAGCGCCUGUCUGCAAGGCUGUGAAUUUGAUGUUAGUCAACAUGUUGCUGUCACUCUGUAUGUGUAUUUUAAAUCAUGUAAACAAAUAGGAAAACGUGCAAUGUUGAGGGAUGAUGGGGGUCAGGGAUAGUUUCUUCAGUCUUUUCCUUACUCUCCAAAAUGUGGUUUAUGGAUGAACUUGUUUAAUCAUGCAGGUUUCUGGUCACUUUAUCUAUCAUUUACUGACAUAAAGGGAAAAUAUGAAACACAUGAAGGGGAAACAAAAUGACUUUUGUAGUAACCCUCUGUAUGGUUAUUUGAUCUCUGCCAGAGCUUUGCAUUGUAUUUAUUUGAUUUCACUGUGGUGCUGGGGAUUGGAUGGAGGGCGUGGACUGUGCCAGGCUGCCCUGUGUCUAGCUAUGCCUUUGAGAUUCUGAUUGGUGCCUUUCUGCUUCUGGUGGUGAACGUCGCUGGGCACAGGUACUGGUCCCAUAGCCUUACCAGGCCACACGAUUGUCUCCACUGCCUGUCCCCGUUCCCUGGCACCAUGAAGAGGGCUCCUUGCCCUAGCUGGAAGCUGGCAUGGCGUGGAGUUUGGAUGACUUGCCCACUUGUGCUCUGAGACCUGACUAGGCCAGUGGUGGCAGACCUGCAGCACACCUGCCGCAGCUGGUUGUUCAGAUGAUCGACAGCUCUAGAAGGUUCGCCAUCACUGCUCUGGGUGGUUCCUGCCUUAUUGGCCAGCAUGGUGACAUGUGGCUGUUUCCCGUGACCCUCAUUGUCAGUGAGAUCUCGUCUUUGUGCUGUGGCGCCGCCCAGGCUUUCUUCCCCAGUGCAGCCACGGCCUGUGAGUGCUCCCUCGAGCACUCUGCAGCUGUACCUGAGGUGCAACUAGAAAUAAAAGAAAUGCUUAGAGCUGGACGAAACAAGUACUGCUCUGCGGAUGUAUUUCCGGUUCUCGUUCUGCAGUCUGUGGGGGAGUUAACUUCAGCAAACACCAGAAGUUACCCUAACCUUUCUAUCAUUUCCCUUUCAGAAGAGACUGUACCGAAAGCCCGUUUGAAAAUGUGUCCUCUGUCAGUGGAAAUAACUGGGAAAAUGUAACGCACAGUGGGAGGCUUUUAUACAUAAAAUAAAGGAUUAUUGGCUGU